GAUAAAAUGGCAUCAAUCAUUUGCGAUGUCGUCGACAAGGACAUCGUGCGAUGCAAUGGAACGGAUUACAAAGCCGAGGAAAGACUGACCUAUAACGACGAAUGGUUCUGGAUAUAUCUUGGCAUUUAUGUCGGUCUCGUGCUUAUGGCCGGAAUGAUGUCUGGCCUGACUAUGGGACUUCUGUCACUUGAUUUGAUGAGUUUAAAAGUGAUGAAAGAUGGAGGGACUCCCAAGGAGAGAAAACAUGCAAAGAAAAUUUUACCUAUGGUGUCGCGUCAUCAUCUCCUUCUCGUUACUCUGCUUUUAGCUAAUGCUGCUGCAGUUGAGUCAAUGCCUAUCUUUCUUGACAAGAUUUCAGACCCAGUCACUGCCAUUGUUGUCUCUGUUACUGCUGUACUCAUAUUUGGGGAAGUAAUCCCACAGGCAAUAUGUACAAGAUUUGGGUUAGCAAUUGGAGCAACUUUAUCACCGUUGGUGUACUUUCUGAUGGCUAUAUUCUACAUCAUUGCUUGGCCCUUGUCCAAGAUCUUGGACUGUCUGUUGGGGAAGGAUCAUACCACUUUCUACAGGCGUGCCCAGUUGAAGGUCCUGGUCAACCUCCAUGGUCCCAAUGGCUCCAGCCUGCCUCCUGAUGACUCCUCUGACGAGCAUCAAGGAGAGCACCUUAGCAUUGAUGAAGUUCUUAUCAUACAGGGUGCCCUGGACAUGAAGACCAAGACUGUCAAGGUUGCCAUGUUACCUCUGGACGAUGUGUUCAUGCUGAGCAUCACAGACAGGAUGGACAAGGCCACCAUGUUGAUGGUCAUGGAAAAAGCUCACUCACGGAUCCCUAUCUAUGAUGGUCCAUACACUAACAUUAUAGGAGUAAUACUGGUGAAAUCUUUGAUAUUACUUGACCCUGAGGAUGCUACACCCAUCCGUACUCUACUACAUAGUCAGGCAGUAAAGACAGUCAUGUUUGUUGAUGAAGACAUGCCUCUAUUUGACCUCCUCAAUAUAUUCCAGACUGGCAAAAGUCAUAUAGCUUUUGUACAGAAAAGUUCUUCCAGGGAGAGGCAUGAUGACCAGGCAGAUGAUGUCCAUUUACUGGUCACCACAGCUGAUGAGGAUUGUGUUAGUGCUAGCGCUCAGUCCUCUGGACCAGUUGUAGGUAUAAUAACUUUAGAGGAUGUGAUUGAAGAGCUCAUUCAAGAGGAGAUAAUUGAUGAAACAGAUGUUUAUGUAGACAUACAUAAACGGAUACAGGUAGCAAGGGCACAGAAAGCUAGGCGAGAUCAAAGGUUACUCCUCAAACCAUUCCAUUCUAUAUUCAGUGAUGGGGAGCAGGACACAGUGUCCUCCUCCGUUUAA